AUGCCUACCUUGUCACUAUCAACGUUGUUCGCUCUAUCCUCCGUAGCAGGAGCAUGGCCGCACUUUGGUCCUCCUGGACCUCCCCUCCACUCUGGCGCACCGCCCCCACCUCCACCUCCACCUCCACCUCCGGGUGGCCCCAAGCAACCUGCCUGGGGCCUCAAGAAGUUCACCAGUCUUGUCGCUUUCGGAGACAGCUACACGGAUGAUUCACGUCUCAAUUACUUUGGCUCUCACAACGGCAGCGCUCNNCCCCCAGUCGGUUGGGUCAACCCGGCCAAUUACCAUGCAGCAGAUGGCGGCCGUCCUUGGCCUCAAUACGUGGCUCAGUAUUCUGGCGCCAAGAUCUACAACUAUGCGGUUUCUGGAGCGGUUUGCAGUAACAACAUCACCCCUCGCACUUUUUCCAGCAUCAAUGCCGACUUCCCUGACGUCGAGGGCUAUGAAGUUCCUGCAUAUCUCGCAGACAGCAAGUACGUGUAUCCCAACGGCACAAAGGCGCUAGAUGUGCCUGUGGACAGCACCGUCUAUUCCAUCUGGAUCGGCACCAACGAUCUCGGCAACUACGCUUUCAUCGACGACAGCCAGGUUGCAGGCAAAGUCAUCCCCGACUAUAUUGAUUGCGUCUAUCAACAAUUCUCCACCCUCUACGACUCGGGAGCCAGAUACUUUGUGCUUCAGAAUGUGGCUCCCCUGCAGUUGAGCCCGCAGUAUGGAUUACCCAGCAAGGGAGGCUUGAAUGCUACGCAAUACUGGCCCGAGAAACCUGCCAACACCACAGAGAUAUCUGGACGCAUGUUGGAGACUACGACUACAGUCAACGAUGUCUACAAGUACCGUACACCCUACGACGUCCUUCUCGCCAACAAGUAUCCCGGCGCACAUUUUGCCCUAUUCGACAUGUAUGGUCUCUACUUAAACGGAACCAACCCUACCGUAACUGGCUACGUCAACCACUGCACUACAAACGGUACAGACUGUGUUGCUGCUGCCAACCCUGAUUCCUACCUUUGGUAUGAUCCUCUGCACCCCAGCGAGCAAGCCGACCGCAACUUUGCCAAAGCUUUUGUCGAUGUGGUGGGUGGAAACAGCAAGUGGGCUACUUAUUACUCUGCCUAG